AUGGUGGUCGUCGGCUCCGCGGACUCCUUCGAGGACAUCCACGCCAAGGUGCAAGUGGAGAAGCUCCCCGCCGUCUUCUACUACACGGCGGUCUGGUGCGGGCCGUGUCGGAUGAUGGCACCUGUGAUUGAGAAGAUGAGCAGGCAGUACCCCAAGAUACCCGUGUACAAGGUCGACAUCGACAUGGAUGGACUUGGGACCAGACUUAGUAACCUGAAAAUAUUCUCCAUCAAUCUGGCACAGCCAACUUUCCACUUCUAUCACAAAGGCGAGAAGAGCAGCGAAGUGGUUGGUGCUGACGUGAAGAAGCUUGAAGCUGCCAUGGAAAGUCUUCACAAGCAACAGUGA